CAGCACACAGUCGCACAGCACCGCAUCAGCAGAGCUAUGGGUACGUUCCGCCAAAGGAUGGUCGCGAUCGCAACGGUCCUCGCAAUAUUCACCGCAGCUCCGAGCGUUUCGAGAUCGGUGAACAUCAGCAGUUCUUGGUUGUUGCCACAAAACGAGUUUCCGGUAUUUUAUCGACAUUUCAGAGAUAGAGUGACAUGGUUUGAAGCCGAUGCCGUGUGCCAAUUUCACCACGCUCAACUGGCCACAGUUGAAUCUAACAGUCAAUUUGAAGCAAUACGUACUUAUCUGAAGGAAUUAGACGUGAUCGAGAAUGUUUGGAUUGGUUUGAAACGUAAUAGCGAAGCUAGUGAAUUCACAUGGACUAAUUACCAGCCCCUCGCCAGAAGUGGAUACUUUAGAGAAGAAGUUCCACGUUCAUCGGACCCAGUUUGCGUUGUCACUGAUCCUACGGCUAACUUCAAAUGGCACAGCUUACACUGCGGAGGUCCAGAAGUUGCAUCAUUCGUUUGUGAACUCCCGGUUCCAUAUUGGGCAUCCAAGAGCAAUGGGUGCAUGACAAGUAUGAUGGAAGGCAUGACAGUAACUUUUUUGCCAGAACGUCCUGCUAUUCAACUCACAAAGGAAUGUAGUCCAGGUGUUUCCAAAAACGUUACUUGCAAAGGAAACAUGAAACAAUCGGAAAUAAUCGAAAAAUUAAGCUGUUCAAAUUCUAAUAAACCAAUGAAGACAUUAUUUAAACCAGUCAAACCUGAACUAGCUGAUAUUAAAUUAAAAACAACAACCUCAAGUUCAGAAUCGGAUGUUGAAGACUACGCUAUCGAGAUGGCCACGAUUGCUCAGUACAACGACGAAACGUUCCAGUCGAUAUCUAAAGUGAUGGGACGCAGUAGCGGUAGCAUGAUAAACUUGCCACAAGAGAUGUCGAUUGCCCAAGAACCUAUUAAGUCGUCGGGCCGAGGAGGUUUUGACACCAACGGCAUUGAUUCGGCGUUUAUCGGUGGCCAGGCCGAAACCACCAGUACCGGCGCUAGUAGCAUCAGCACCAGUACGAGCACCGGCACUAACACCGCAAGCUCCGUGCCCAGUACAAACACGGUAACCAGCUCCAGCACUACCAGUACAUCUAGCACCACACCGAAAAGCGAACCGAAAACUACGUCGUCGACGACCGCGAAACAGAUGACGAAAACGACGCCCAUCGAGACCGCUACCGAGACGACGACACUUGCCGGUUUGGUCAAGCUUGGCACGACGUCCGGCACCACGACCCAUUCGACCACCGUAAAUAAAGCGACCACCUCGUCCGAGAAAACAACUACAACGGGACGAGUUGUGACGACGGUUGGGGGUACUUUGGCCGGUGGCAGCCAACCGACCGAAACCCCGGCCACCACACCGGCGACCACCACCAGUAACAAUUACCAUCAUCAGCAACACCGCGCCAAUGCGACCAACGCCAACGCAAACCCACGCGUCUACGCCACCACCGCCGUGCCCAGGAGCCGGCCGGCUGCACAGAUGACGACCACCGAGAAGAUACACACUGUGGCCAAAAUGUUGACCGCCGAGACCGGUGACGUCCGUCGGACCACCGACGACAGUCGCCGUGCGACCGCCGCCACAUUAGCGGCCAUCGCGACAGUCGUUGCGAAAAUCCCGUACACCGUCGCUGCCGCGUCCGCCACUGCCACCAGCACCACCGGCCGCGCGCUGAACUCAUUGCGUUCAUACGCCAACAACGGCAACGGCAACGGAUACGUAGCCAAGGCGAACGACGCCCCGACCAUCGAGCCACCGAUCCGCGUCUACAAGAAAAUCGAUUUCCCGGAAUUGCCAUUCAACAACGACGGCGAUUACGCGCGCAAACCCACGGCCACUCCGUUUUCCGGAACCUCGGCCACCGCUACGUUUUCCAGCCCCGUGAGUGCCGCCACCAAGACCGGGUACAACAAUGCGGCGACCACGCGGUCUUCGACUCGACCGACCGUGACCGCCUCUAUCGCCACCAGCGCUUCUACUAAACAUGACGACGCCCUCAACAGUGGUACAUACGCUGCCACCGAAACAGCUACCACUAACACCGUGCCCGGCACGUCGCCCGCGGCUGUUGCCGUCGACGAAUCAGACGACAGCACUCACAAUUGGAACAUCGUUUCGUCGUCCCCGCCGUCCCUGCCAGCCAAAAUGACCUACGACGCCGCCUCCGCGACCCCGUUCGACAUCACAUCCUCCGCCACUGAUGUUUCGGCUGCUAGUGCCGCAGCAGAAGCCGUCACCGUCACCGCCGCAGUUACCACAACCGCCAGUACCAGUGCCGCCAGCACCACCACUGCCGCUGCCACCGCCGCCGCUAACCACCGGAAAAUCGCCAACUACGACGCAUAUACCGACCACCCGAAUCGCAGCCGUCACAUAGUCCGCCCCAAACAACAGCACCAUCACUCCUACCCGUACAUCUUGUACAGACUUUUGGGAUAAACGGCAUCCUGUCUCUCCCACCUCCCCAGCGCUUCAAUCACUUACGAUAAUUAAUGACCGUGAUCUAUCGCCAACACCGUUUAAUUUCCUGCUCAUCUCAUAUCCGUCAUCCUCAACCCCUAACCGAAUUGCAUCAUCACAAUAUUACUGCACAUAAUACAAAACACAUUCAUUAUAUUUAGGUACUUAUUGUACGCCGUUCUGAGUUAUUUCCUUCCGCAGUGUGCCCCACGAAAGUGACGAUCUACAGGUGCAAACAUUUUCUCAUAAAGUGCUCAAUUCACCAUUUUGCUACACAAUUUUUUUACGUUCGUGAUAUUUUCAGCCAUAGGUAUUUCAGUUUUCAAAAACUCCUAUUCAUAUAGACUAGCCAGUUUACCUUUCGUAGGUUCACGACGCAUGAUAAACUGAUCAUUGACAAACUAACCGGGUUUCAACGAAUAAGUUUAUGACGAAAUAAAUAACAUUGUACGAUUCCAAUCGGAUCUAUAAUUUAUUAAUCGUUUUUCACUAUCUUAGUACUCGGCUUACGACUAAAAUUUAAAUUUCCCUAUAGAUACAAAUUUAAAGAAGCGUGAGCAAAAACUGGGUGUUCUUGUCAGACGAAGAGUUAUAUUUCCCGGAAUACAAUGAUUGAAUUUAAAAUUCAAUGUUGAUUCCAAUUUUUAAAUUAAAAAGUAAAACAUAAAAUCAAUAAUAAUUUUACUUUCUUACGGAUAAUAUUGAUAUUCAAUGAGAAUACUUUAUAAUUUAAAUUGUUUUUGAUUGUCGUUUGUCAUCAGCUUGCAUUAUUCAAAACGCACUUAUUUGAUUAUUAAUUAUCAACAAUAUUUUAGAUUUGACAAUAGUUAUGAAUUGUAAUUUAUAUUAA